GCAAGGGGUGCCAACCUUCUCUCUCCCACAAGAAGGUACAAGUGGUUAACAUAUUUUAGUGAUUUACUACAAAAACUACAAACUGUUUCUAUAAAUAUAUUAUGUUAUAUGGCUUGCAAGCAUCAGAGACUUGUUGUGUGCAUGGUUACAUCAAGAAGAGUGUAUCAUUCCAUGAGAAACAUGAGUAUAGAGCGUGUGAAGUGGUGGGAGGAGCAGGUACAGCUGGUGUCCUCUCACACGCCCGUCACUCACACACAAGUCACCGCUAAAUUUGAACCUUCCAAGUUCGCUCGACGUUCAUCCCUCGAUGUUGAACAGCAAAUCAAUAAAGUAUGGGAAGCCAAAUGUGCGCAGAACCCUCGCUUAUAUAAUGGAGAUAAGUUUCGACUGGCAGGAUGGAACAAUGAAGAAGGGAAGUGGGUGUUACAUAUAGGUCUGACCUGCUACAAGGACCUCUGUGGUACCAACCUGGCUCAAAAUUAUCGAUGGAUUCAGGAAAAGGGUACUAAGGACUUCGGAAAUAUGCAAGCCUACAUGUCAGAUCCAAUAGGUGUGGAGUUCAGCAGCUCAGGAGGUGGAGGACGAAGUUGGCAUCCCUAAAGAGCAGCUGAGAGAUAUUACACUUCUAGGGGUCCUUCUCAAUAUGGAAGCUGGAGGGCGACCUUCCCUCGAGUUCUUCAUUAGGUGUGGUCUGAGCAGCAGUGAAGUGAAAGAGGCGUACGAGAGAGGCUGUCAGUCAGAGGCUGAGGAGACCACCUCCCUCCACCUCCUACCUCCGCCCACAGUGGCCCUCAUCUCGAAAUUCCUCUAUCCACCUCCACCCACAG